AUGGGAGUAGAAGAGGAGGGCUUUAGGGGUUGGCCUCCGGCGCUGAGUAGUGUUGGAGGAGUUUUCGGUGCCCCCAAAAAGCUCAAUCCGAUUUCCGUCCCCCUCGAUAAUCCCCAUUAUGGCUCUGGGUAUUACCCAAAUCAAGCACCCCAACUUUCUUAUCGGCAGUUACAAGCUACCCAGUUCCAACAAUUAAAGCAGCAACGGAUGAUGAAACAGGAGCAACAUGGGAGUGGAAUAUGGGGGCAGGGUAUGGGUGGGUACCCGCUAAUGGUUCCAAAUGUUAGGAGGAAUGAGGGAGAGAGGCCUCAGCCUCAGGACUUAUCAAUGGCGGCUUGGCCUACUUUACAACAGUCCCAAAGGCAUCCUAGGACUGGCAUGAGGGCCAUGUUUCUUGGAGAUCCCGGGACUAAAAGAGAACGUGCCGGCACUGGAGUCUUCUUGCCCAGAGGAUCAGGAACCCAGACUGAAAAUCGCAAGAAGCCAGGUUGUUCUACAGUUCUACUGCCAGACAGAGUGGUCCAGGCCUUAAAUUUGAACUUGGGUUCCGUAGAUACCCAUCCGCAGGUUUAUUCCAGGGGCGCUGCAAGUUGCAAUCCAGACUCUGAUGGCUUGAAGAAUAGAAACAAUGUUGCAAUGGGCCAAAAGAUGCAUAGCGUGAGAUUACAGCCGGUGGCUCAAGAACUCCGGCUCCCCCAGGAGUGGACGUACUGACCCGUGCCCACAUUGUUUCAAGCAUUACCAAGGGAAAAAUUGAAAGUCGAAAGCUCGAUAGUAGUAGGUUUUUACUAGUUAAACGGAAGCAAUUAAGCAGUAGAAGAUAGUAAUUAUAUAUAGCAGCUAAGAAAUGUGUUAUUUUUUGAAUUAGUGUUAGGUUGAACAAAAUAAAAUUUUAGUCAAGAUUGAAGAAUGCAACAUAUUUUGUUGGGUACAAGAAACCUAUGGGUGGCAGUUUCUUUUUGUUUUUUGUUCCUGUUGGGAAAGGAAUGAUGAAUAAGAAGCUUGGAAUUGUAUUAGGUGUUAAUUUGCCUUGAAAUGGCAUAUAAGGGGUUGGAGUCUCGUUUUGGUUGAAACUGCAGCCCAUUUUUUCUCUUUUGUGGUGCUAGUGCACUACAGUUUGUUUGCAUCGACGGAUUCAAUUAAUAGAAACUUUAAUUAAUAUAUAA